CGCCGUUUCUAAGUGACGUCGUUCAGAUGUUUAAGGGACAAUUAAGCGCAGUUAAGUUAAGUUUAGUUAAGUUAAGCUCAGCUCUGGGGUUUUUUCAGUAGUAAAUGUUUUAAAGCUUGUGUGUUAGCAUGUUUCGUUGCUACAGCGGCCGCCACGGUGGUUAUGAAGCUACUGCUAGGCUAAGCUAAGCUAACGUUGGGAAAUGUUUUUAAUGACAUUUUGAAAUGUGAUGUAAUGAAAAGUAACACAGUGUGUGGACACAGCAUUAAAAUAACAUGUGUGUAUGUUCAUGUGUACAUUCAUUCAUAUUUGUGUCCUUAACUUUGAUAAUCACGUGUUUAAUGGAGAGUUCUGCAGGUGAAGGAGGUGAGGGAGUAAGGAUGGAGCGAAGGUCACACCAGGAUGAGGACGAGAGCGCACUGAAGGACGCAGCAGAAGACCAGGCAGCGACUGUCCCUCCUCAGGAACAGAGUGGACCAGAGUCUGAGGACCGGACACGUCACCUUCACCCCGCUCUCAGUGCUGCUCAUGAAAACUUGUCUUUGGCUAAAGACUGUGAUAAUGCAUCUCAAACGCUGGCAACACUUCGUCUCUCGAACGUCAACACGUCAGAGGACGUGGAAGACGAGGAGGAAGAAGAGGAGGAGGAGGAGGAGGAGGAGGAGGAGGAGUUAGUGGUUCUGGAUCCUGAACAUCCUCUGGUCAGGAAGCAACAAGCUGCUCUGAGCGAGCAGCUGAGAAAACAGCUGGAGAGGAUCAACCUGGAUCUAAAGGAAAAGCUGCUGCAGGAGAAGGAAGACGACAGACGCAGAGAGGAGGUCGGUGUUGAGAUGUUCAGGGUUCAGGAGCAGCUGGUCAGACUCCACGCAGAGCUGGAGGAGCAUCAUCAGAGCAGAGAACAGGCUGAAGCCAAACACCGGCGGGCUCAGGAGCAGCUGCAGACCGUGAAGACACGAUAUUCCACUUCCACCUGCCAACAAAGCAAAGCCAAAGCCAGCGUUUCCCAGCUGCAGACUGAGACCGACAGCCUGAUGCUGCACCUGGUCUACACUCAGAGAGUCAGUGAAGAUCUGCGAGCUCACGUCAAAGCCAUGAAGAAUGUUCGGGGCAAAGCGGCAGCUGAGAAGAACCAGGCAGAAGACCAGAAACUGAAGCAGGAUUUGUAUUUGGAGCGUCUGACAAAGGACCUGGAGAGGCUGAGUCAGCAGACAGACACGUGUGAGGCUCAGGCCACGAUUCAGGCAGAGGAGACGCGGGCGGCUAAAGAAGCUCACGCUGAGGCUGAGAUGGAGAUGGAGUCUCUGGUGAUGGUGCGUAAACAGCUGCUGCAGCAGUGGAAGAGCAGCCUGGUGGACAUGAGGAGACGCAACGAGGCUGUGAACGCGAUGAACGAGGCCUUGCGCAUGACUCAGCACCAGGUGAUCUUACUGGACAGAGAGGUCGACAGCUACAGGAAGUCCACCGCUGAAGAGCAGGAGCAGAAUGAGACCCUGACUCUUCAGCUGAACUGGUCUCAGAUGGACGGAGCCACCUCUAGAAAACUGCUGAACCAGAAACAGGUCCAGCUGGAGGUUCUGCAGACCCAGUACAGCACCUGCAUCCGCAUUCUGAGGGAGACGGAGCGCAAUCUCACGCGGCUCACCAAGGAAACCAGCGGCCUCCAGGCCGAAGUCAUCGAUCAGAGGAGGCAGCAGGAGAAAGAGAGUGCCACGCGUCUGGACUUUGAGGACAAGAUCCUGAGCCACAUGCAGCAGCAGCUCACCCACAACAAGGCCGCCAAGCACUCGCAGCAGCUCAUCGGCAAGACCGCUGCACUCAAGAAACACAAGACGUCCCAGUUCUGGCAGCUGGAGAACGAGUUGUUGGCGGUGGAACUGGAGAGCAGUGAGGUCAGUGAACAUCUGGACAGUUUGGCCGUCGCUCAGGAAGUCCUGGACCAGGAAAUCGCCAAGUACAACGACUCACUCACGUCCAGUCAGAAUCAAAGGUCGUCCUUCGUCAAAGUCAUCGAGCAGAGGCAGACCACCAUCACCAACCUACAUCGAAAAAUCUGUCAGAUUGCAGCCAGCACUGGGCAUGAAGACUUAAGUCCUCUCCAAAUCAAGAUAGAAGCUCUGACGGCUCAGACUGACGAGCUGGCGACCAACAUGAAGAGGGAGCAGCAUCUUUGGAUGAAGCAGCAGAGCAUUCUGGUCGCUCUCACCCAGGAGAUCGAAGGCAACAGCAGGAACAUGUUCAGACUGCAGAUGGAACACACUGUGAUGCAGCAGAAGAAAAUACGUUUGGAGAAACAGAUAGAGGCCGAGCAUCAGGAGCUGACAGAGUUGGAGAAGAAGACGAGGACGCUGCGUGGAGACCUGCUGAAGCUCAACAGCCUCCUCAGCCAGAACGGGCAGCUCAGCCAAAGCCUGGAGCAGGAGAACGUGCUGAUGGAGACGGAUUUCCUCGGCAGACUGAAGGAGGCAGAGCGGGAGUCAGUCGAGAUGCAGAUGAAGCUGGAGAAGACGGAGGAGGAAAAAGAGCGACUUCUCAACAGCCUGGUGGAAGCUGAGAGGCAGAUCAUGCUGUGGGAGAAGAAGAUCCAGCUCGUAAAGGAGACUCGUUCAGCUGUGGACUCUGAAGUGGGCCAGGGAGAAAUCCAGAUGAUGAAGACUGAGAUACACCGCAUGGAGGUGCGACUGAAUCAGCUGAGGAAGCAGCAGGAGCAGCUGGUGAGGGAAAGUGAGGCCACGGUGGCGAGGAGGGAGACCCUGGUUCUCCGCAGGGAGGUGAUGGUCCACAGCUCCCACAGACAGACGUCAAAGGGCGACCUGAGCCGUCUCACACACAGUCUGCAGCGCAAGAUCAGGGACACGCUCAAGCAUGUGACCGAGUGUGAGCAGGGGAUCAGGGAGCUGCAGGAGAACCAGGUGAGGCUGAGUGACAGACUUUCACAGCAGAAGCAGCAGCUGAUAGAACUGAGCAGCACCAGCUGCAGCCUGGACCGUGACUCUGCAGACCUUCAGGAUAUGAGAGACAGGAACGUCGCUGACCUGGUGGCCCUGCAGAGCCGUGUGAAGAGGCUGCAGGGCCUACGUGAGGGCAGCUACCAGGCUCUGUCCACCAGAGAGUCAGUGGAAGUCUCUCUGCAGAGUCAGAUCGAGCGUGUGCAUGCGACCAGCGCCGUCUUACACCGCGUCUGUGAGGAAUUCCCCCAGCACCAGGGGAGUCUCCACAGGCUGUCACUAUCUCUAGCAGCGAGGACACAGGCUCUGGAUCAGGAGGCGGCCUGAGCGUGAGAACAUGUGACCUUCCCGUGUUUAUUGCAUAUUUGUUGUCAUGAUGCUGCAGGUUAUCUGUGUGUCGGUGUUUCCAGCCUUUAAGAAAUGUUCUGAACUCACAUUCACCAAAUAUGAUUGUGUCACUUUGUUUCUGCUUCAUUUUCAUUCAAGUUCAUGUCAAAUAAAUUCACUUUUUACGUGUAGCAAA